AAGGGCUUCACAACGAGUGGGGUUCCCUUGACGAGUGGAGGUGUGCGCCUCGUCCGUGACGUUCGGGAUACUUUGCUUGGAAUUUUGGAAGAUGCUGAUGUGAUUCCGAGGUAGAGCCAACGGGGAUAUGUAAGGCUACCACCUCAAGUGUGAGCUGACAGCGAGCUAUGGACAGUCUCGCCUGCCAGCCAUGAGAUCGCGUGCUGCUCGUCGUGUCUCGCUGUGGCUGUGGAGCGCCGCAGCAGUCCUCGCUCUGUGGGCACCGCGAGGAUGCGCUGCCGGGCGUACGAGCGAGCACCUGGACAACGUGACGCAGACCAUCGAGAUGCUGUUGGAUGGCUACGAUAUAAGACUUAGACCAAACUUCGGAGGUGAACCAUGUUACAUCGGUAUGGACAUCACCAUCGCCUCGUUCGAUUCCAUCUCGGAGGUGAAUAUGGACUACACCAUCACCAUGUACCUUAACCAAUACUGGAAGGAUGAAAGACUCGCCUUCAGUUCCAGCGACGAGCUCCUCACCCUUCCAGGAGACUUCGCCGAAAAGAUCUGGGUUCCUGAUACCUUCUUCGCCAACGACAAGAGCAGUUACCUGCACGACGUUACGGAGAAGAACAAGUUAGUGAGGCUGCAUGGUGACGGAUCUAUAACUUACGGGAUGCGGUUCACCACAACACUCGCCUGUAUGAUGGACCUUCACUACUACCCUCUCGACAGCCAGAACUGCACCGUCGAAAUUGAAAGCUAUGGGUACACGGUGACGGACGUAGUGAUGUACUGGAAGGACGUCCCUGUAGUAGGCGUGGAGGAGGCUGAGUUACCCCAGUUCACCAUUAUGGGUUACGAGGCCAACGACCGCACCGAAGAGCUGGCCACGGGGGUCUACCGUCGCCUCUCCAUCAGUUUCAACCUCCAGCGUAACAUUGGCUACUUCGUGUUCCAGACGUACUUACCCAGCAUCUUGAUUGUGAUGCUGUCUUGGGUGUCUUUCUGGAUCAACCACGAAGCUACGUCCGCCCGUGUGGCUCUGGGCAUCACCACCGUGCUCACCAUGACCACCAUCAGUACUGGAGUGAGGUCGUCAUUGCCAAGGAUCUCUUACGUUAAGGCUAUCGACAUCUACCUCGUUAUGUGCUUCGUGUUCGUGUUCGCUGCGCUGCUGGAGUACGCGGCCGUCAACUACACCUACUGGGGACAACGUGCUAAGAAGAAGGCCAAGAAGAUGAAGGAAAGCAAUGGUCAACAAAACAAGCAGUCGCCAUCCAUUAAGGCAGAUGGCAUCGCGGCGAACGAGGAAAUUAUCGAGUUACAGGAUAUCCGCAUGUCACCUAUCCCGUCAAUUAGGCAACGACACAACUCCAAGUUCUUCUCGAGUGAAGGAUCCCUACAAGAUCUCAAGUUCCCACCGUCUUUCCGCAUCAACAGGAACUACUCCUUCCCCACCCGCUCCAGUAUCCACGCUCCCCGGGCCCCCAACAGGAAGCGCGUCAUCUCCACCCUCAAAAAGGGGGCCUCGGCCAUCAAGGGCGCCAUCCCCACCAUCAAAGAUGUUAACAUUAUCGACAAGUAUUCCAGAUUGAUCUUUCCACUCUCCUUCGUCUUCUUCAACACAGUGUACUGGUGCUUCUAUGUGCUCUAGAGUCCACGCGGGGUGUGGUGGCCAAUGGGGAACGCUGAUGCUUGGUGGUUGUGUAUGCUUGGGUACGCCUCACCCUUUUUAACCUGUGUCACAUUUUAUGCCGGCGACUGGAGACUUGCCAUCGUUACCCCUGCUGGUGAAGCUGCCACUCGGAGACCUCCCUUCCCCCACCCCCUUACUUUACUCCAGCGUAAUACGGCGAGAACAGUUGGGAACCAUCCCUCUCCAGUGUAAGUUUCAUUGCCUUCUGGCCUGAACUCAUUUUUGCCAGGAACAAUUGUGAUAUGACUGAUGGAUGCCAAGAAAGGGGCAUUUCAGAGAUUCUCAGUGCUUGAUACCUUCAUAACGAGGAUUCGCCAGGUGGUGUCAGUAGUAAUCGUGUGGGGACUCGGAAAACGAUGACUUCUCAGUUGUAUGGUGUCACGUUCUUUGCGUCAUGAAGACACAUAAGAGCUCAAAAACUACUCUACUUCUGAUCUUGCCGAUAAUAAAGACAGGAACACCUUGUCAUCAGGUCAAGAUUAAGACGCCUCACUACCCACGACCACUGCUUGACACCGACCCUGUACCAGUGUAAGAUUUUAACCCAAUGUGACUACAAUCAUCAGCUGCCCAGAACUCGCUGUACAUGACAAGCUUUGGAUACCUUUUUUGUUGAAUAUUCUCGUGACAAUAACUCAUGACUCUCAGCUGUAGGGAAGUGAAAAAUGAGGUAAUAAGAUUUUUUUUGCUUUUUAUCGCGUGUGUUGUGGGGUAUUUCAAGCAAAGUUUUUGUUUACAUCAAAAUCUCGUAUGGCUGGACUGGGAGCGUCUCAUUGGUUGAUAGGUUUAAUGACGUAACAAUAUAAGGACAUUGGAGUUACCAUGUUUUCAUUGUUUGUAGCUCGUGCCUGUGACUCUGUCCCACUACAACAUUAGACAACUUUGUACAGUCUCGUGGGACGCCAAGCUAAUGGAAGUGACACUGUGAAUUCAAGACCAUCAUCUGUCGUACAUUUUUAUAAGAAAUUAGUGAAGACAUCGACAAUAUCACUUAGACUUUAUCAGUAGUGGGCAUAAAAUACGCUUGAAAUGAAUUGUUUGAUAUACAAAUUAAAUUAAAUGAGUUAGGUGACGUUUUCUUCUCUGUUGACAUGAAGCUCAGACGUCACCAUUUCCUCCCACUUAUUGGUAAACUAAACCGAUAUUUAUAGCAUUGUGAGUAUUUGUAUAAUAUUGUCAAUAUUUUAUAGCCUGAUAUACAUAUAUAUAUACUGUAUAUAUAUAUAUAUAUAUAUAUAUAUAUAUAUAUAUAUAUAUAUAUAUAUAUAUAUAUAUAUAUAUAUAUAUAUAUAUACAUAGUUGUUCUUCGUUUUGGUACUUUCUGAAGCCCCUGGGAGCGGUAUGGUGAGGGCGCUCCUCGACCACAGGCAGACUUUUACUCUCCACAACUCUGGGAUACUUACACCCAGUAAAAGUCCUCUUGGUUUAGGCUAGUCAUACCUCGAUUCAACUUCCCACAAGAGCUACCAUGUUGGAAGUGUACCACGAACGGGACUGCCAACCCAAUGAUAUGGUUAAGACCAAAAACUUCCAGACUUGACGUAUCUAGCCAAACUUACUCUAACCAACCUCCCAAAGGCAGCUCUCGUUAGGUUUGGUUUGGUGUUAUCGUGUCGUCUGCUUUCAAAACAAAAAAUAAUAAUUACAUAAAUGGCUUAGGCCUUAAGGGUCCUGUUGGUGGUAAUUUCUCAACAAUAUCCACAUUG